AUGGCAAUAGCAGAAGAGAAUGAAUUUUAUAGUAAACUGUGUGUUGCUAGAAUUUUUAAAGAUUUGAAAUUAUUGAAUCCUGAUGUGGUGAUUCAACCCAUAUUACCAUGGAAUGGUAUUGUCGAAAAAUUUCUUGAUCAUGAAAAAGAAUAUGAAGGUUUCAUGGAAGAAUGUUUGAAAGAUCCUACGAUAAGGUAUAGACUAAAACGUGUGUAUGGCGGCGUAGAUGCAGAACUGAAUUGUGUAAGUUCUAAUGAAAUGUAUUUACACGCGGAAUUGAACUUAUUGACCAGCGUAAUGAAUCAUGAAGAGAAAAGGAUUUUUAUAGCAGUUUCAAAAAAAUGCUGUUAUUUAUGUGAAUUGUACAUCAGAUAUGUACAAGAAAUCAAAGGAUAUAACGUUGCCGUUUCUGGAUCACAUAAAUCACUUAAGAAGCUAUGUAGUCGAUGGAAACUUCCAGAUACUUUCAAGAAAGAAUUCAUGUCAUAUGCUCAACUUGAACUCGAUCGGAUCAUAGAAUAUGAAAUAAAAUUGUGCACUGAACCUGACAGUGAAUCAGAAUGUAUAGAAGCGUAUUUAAAUUCACCAUUUUAUCACAAUUUCUAA